CGGUGUUAAUAGAGAUACAAUCAAGGGUGUCUAGUGUAGUGCCAGUGCUGCAGUGUAGGAGGAGUGAGUAAGAGAAGAGAAGACAGCAAAGGUACACACUGGAUAAGAGUAACAAGUUAGAGGUGGAGAGCGAGGCCAAGGAGAAAGGGACGGUGUAAGUAGGGACUUGAGGCCCGUAGUUUAGACAUCACCAUCCGACGGAUGGACAGCCAGUCUGACCUGUCAGGGCACUCAAUCCACUACGGAAUAACGUCUACAAGCUAAUCGGGCAAUAUUUUGUCCCUCAAAUCACUAGACAGACGCUAGACACUCUAACUAAUUUUUCCAUGUGUUCAACACAUUAUCAGUGAUUUAAAUUACCGUGUGUGUUGUUAAGUGCAAGUGGUUAAAUGAUUUUAAGACUAAAUUACUCUCUGUAGAUUUUAAAUUAAAUCCUGUUUUUAAAUUCAGACUUUUGUUAAAUUUGAACUUGUGGUAUUUUGAUAAAAUUUUUUUUUUAAUUUUAAAAUGAGCGUUGUAUUAACGACAAUGGAAAGUGCGUACAGCCUGAGGCUGGGUUUGAGUCAUCAUCACUCUCACCUCCAUCAUAAUCAUCUUCACAGCCAUAGCCAUCAGCUGCGAUCUCCAUCGCCCGCGGCCGUGGGUCAUCAACCGAUUCCAGAUAAUGAACCACCUUUAAGAUUUAGCAUCGUUAAUAUUCUGAGACCUGAAUUCGGACGCAGCGCAAUUUUGAACACCAAGUCCUGCAGCUCGAAGAAGACGUCGGGUUCGGGGCCAAAGGACUUGUCGCAUUCGACGGCGAAAAUAUUGUCGCCGAGUUCCUCAUUGUCUUCGAUGACAUUGUCUGGGUCAAGUUACGCUCAUCGUCCUGACAGAGGAGAGUACUUUGCGGAUUCCGUGUCACCGCUGCAGAGGCAUUCAGGUCUAAGUAGAAGCACAAGUCUUGAGAGUCUCGCCAGCAACCGCAGCUCCUUAACGGGUUCACUUACGGGAACACCCUCGUUGUCAUCAGCAGCUUCGACUGUAGGAAACGAGUCUGUCAGUGGGGACAGCAUCCCCAGUAGUAGCAGUAGCAGUAGCACGACCACCAAUGGCGCUAAUCCUCAAAGUGUAUGGCCCGCAUGGGUCUAUUGUACCCGAUACUCCGACAGACCCUCUUCCGGACCCAGAACUCGACGAGUAAAGCGGCCUGUUGUCGAAAAGCCAUCGGCUGACGACAAGAGACCCAGGACGGCCUUCAGCGCUGAACAAUUGGCCAGAUUGAAGACUGAGUUCACCGAAAAUCGGUACCUCACCGAAAGACGUCGCCAGCAACUGUCCCGAGAGCUGGGUCUCAAUGAAGCUCAGAUCAAGAUCUGGUUCCAAAACAAACGCGCCAAGAUAAAAAAAUCCACUGGACAGAAAAAUCCUCUCGCGCUUCAAUUGAUGGCCCAGGGACUCUACAAUCAUUCCACGGUACCCGUUGAUGAAGACGGCGAAGAAAUUAUGCCCAAUUAAUUAACCAAUUAGUCCCAUUCCAAAGUUUGCAGACUAGAAAAUUUUCAGAUUUUUUUUUUUCAACGAAUCAAUGACAAAAAAAAAAAAAAAAAAAAAAUGCACAUGUAGAAAAUUAAAAAAUCUAUAUGUGCAAUUUUUUUAAAUAUUUUUUUUUUUAUAAGUUAUCGUUUUAAAAAAAAUUUUAAAAUUACUAGAUGUCGUAACUUUAGAAUCGUCUAAUUAGUUGAUGAUAUUUCCCAGUGAAAAAUGUAAUUAGGAAAAUAUUUAAGGUGCUUAGAGCUUUUUUCGUGCCAAAUGUCUUUAUUAUCAAGACUGCUACGUCAUUAAAAUAUUUUUUUUGUAAAAUUACUUUUUUUUGAAAAAAAAAUUAUCAAUUUUUCUAGUUGAUUUUAAUAUUAAAUUAUGCAAUUAGUAAUUACGUUAUUUAUUACUUGUAAAUAAUUACACCCACAUAUUAUCAAAUAUUAUUAUAUAUGUGAUUAAUAAAAUUAUAAAUCGAUUUAUUGUUACGUUGUAAAUAAAAAUUACGUACUUAUUAAAAUAUAAAAAUAUAUAUAUGCUUUAACUAUGAUCU